AUGGGGGAGACGCCCUCAACCACCUCUGGAGCGGGUUCAUGGUACUUUUCCUCGCUUAAAGAGCUCUUACACUGGGAUGAAUCAUCUAGUGCUUUACAUUUAGAUCAAAAAAGUCGAGUUCCGUUCCAAGAGCCGUCGACAACGCGCCACCAACGCGUACUGCUCUGCCACGACGCUCCGCAACCGUACAGCGUCGCAGAGUGCUAUGGCACGAGGUCACGAACCGAGGCGGAGCUCGCGUACCACUUUCGAGAGUGGUCUUUCAUCGACGAUUUCGUCUACUUCACGCACCAUGGAGUGUCGAUGCCGCCUCCGGCUUGGGUCGAGGCCGCUCAUCGGCACCAUGUGCGCUGCUUUGGGAGCUGCGUCCUCGAACACGCUGCCGGGGGUGCCCUGCUGGAGCAGCUACUCCAUCUGCGCACGAUCUUCUUCCUCGCGUAUCGAUUGGCUCGUCUAGCUGAACUAUUUAGCUUUGACGGCUGGUUGGUGAACUUUGAAGUGGAAAUUCGCGACGAUGCCAAGGUUUCGCCAAGCUCGCGCAACCAGAGCACUCCUCUGUCGCCUGCAAUACAGCGCGUGUUGAUCUUUGUCUCGACGCUGCGUGAGCAGUUGCAGAAACGAGUGGGUACUCAUGCAGCGGUCAUCUGGUAUGAUGCCCUGACGGUGGAUGGUGAACUCGCCCAUCAGUCCAGGCUGAAUGCGAGAAACGAGGCAUUUUUCCAGGUCGCCUCCGCCAUGUACCUGGAUUACCGCUGGGAAACAGGUCAAAGGCUGCUCGAGUCGGUAGCGCGAGCCUCGCAGCUGAAUCGACCAGCGAAGGAUAUUUAUGUAGGCAUUGAUGUGUACGGGCGGGGAAAGAUGCCCGGUGGCGGUGGAUUCCGCACCUUUGAAGCGUUCGACGUAGCCUGGUCGACCGGAGCGAGCGUAGCGCUGUUUGCACCGGCGUGGACGAUGCAGGUGGCCGCCCCGCGACUCUAUCAUCCAGAGACUCGUGAUGAACGCAGUGCGCAGUUGUUCUGGCUCUACCAACGCCACCUGGACCAGCAAUGGACGCACUGGAAUGCAGCGAUCUGGGCAUGGAAGCGUUUCCAGCACCUGUGUCCGCCGCGAGUGCUUGUCACCGACGCGUCCUUGGCUGUCGAGACCAGUUUCUGGCCUGGAUGGAGUCGUCGACACGGGUCGUUCGACCUGCGUCGGGCGCAACUACAACCAAGUUUCCUGCGCGAGUGGAUAGCGUCCUGUACUCGUCCGUGUGAUGCUGAGCGCGUCCUCCUCUACUGGAUGGAGUCCGCUACCGACAGCGAUUGCGGUUGGUUUCGAGUCGAGUUUCCAGGGGUGCUCGGUCCGGGGCGACUCGAAGCACUGGUCGUGCUUCGCUUUCUGUGUGUAGCGCUGUCGAUGCCUCUGCGCGUUCGGUACCUGGUCCGAAGCGAAACCGGACGGGAUUUGCAGCGUUGUGCGCUGGGCCUUGUCACCGAUAAGGGACGUUUGUGGACGCUCGGUUGCCGUGACUGUGCCCCGACGACCACCGGAAAGCGCAUACCGCUGCUCAUGAAUGAGCGCGAUACGACCAGUGCCACAUUCUACGAGGCUGUAUGCUGUGAGCCGUCUGCAAUCAAAGGCAUCGCUACGGAGCAGGGCAUCAGUGAGGAGCGCGAAUAUCAAGUGAAGAGCGCAGACGCUGCGGAGCUCGUGCAGGAGGUGCUGAUCAUCUUGGGGGAUCUAGCCGCGCUGACGGAAAAGCUGCCAACUGGUGACCAGACAACCGGUGUCGCUCUGGCACUUGCGAACCACCAGAGCAAAGCGGAUAUCCUCUGGCUCGCUCUAGACCGAAACGACAGCACACCAUAA